CCGGGGAACAUAGUGAUGGAUAAGAGUUGGAUUCAUUUGUCAAGGUAUGAUGCAACCAUCGAGGGUCUCACUCCAAAUGGAUAUCAUGUCUCCUACGAUGGAUGGGGGAAUAAGGAGGAGGUGAAGCUUAGGGAGAUGAAGCCAGGUGUCUUGUCACAGGAACUAAAAGAAGCUCUUGGUAUGCCAGAUGGUGCCCCUCCUCCCUGGCUUAUCAACAUGCAGAGAUAUGGUCCUCCACCUUAUCCGCAUCUCAAAAUUGCUGGCUUGAAUGCUCCGAUCCCUCCUGGAGCUCGCUUUGGUUAUCAUCCUGGAGGCUGGGGUAAACCUCCUGUUGAUGAAUAUGGGCGUCCUUUAUACGGAGAUGUUUUUGGUGUCCAACAACAUGAACAACUCAACUAUGAGGAAGAGCCUGUUGAUAGGAGCAAGCAUUGAGGUGAUUUGGAGGAAGAAGAGGAGGAAGAAGAAGAACAGAUGGAGGAAGAGGAAUUGGAGGCAGGCAUUCAAUCUGUGGACAGUCUUUCGAGGUGUGUACCCAUCCCAUGU